AUGGCGGACGAAACCAAUGACGAUACGCCUCAGCUCUCGGCGACCGAGUCCAGCGAAGAUGAAUCAGCGGAUGAACUCGUCGAGACCCUCGUUGCUGGCAGAGAGCGACGGAAGACUGCUGGCAAUCGCUAUGACAGGGACAAGGUUCUGGAAGAGGCGAAGGAUGUCGACGAUCAGGACGAGGUCACUUUACUAUUCGCUGGCGACGAAGAUGAAGACGAUGAGGAAUUCAGAAGUGAUGACGAGGAUCACGAUGCAGAUAUGUCCUCCAGCGAUGAUGAGGAUCAAGGUCCCAACGCAGAAGCCGAUGACCUCGAAGGAGAGAAGGAAAUACAAAAGCAGGCCAAGGAGGAACGAGCAAAGAAACGGAAAGCAGACCUGGCCCUUACAAGCGUCGUGGGUAUGAGGAAGAAACUCAAGACCGAUCCUACGAGGCCGACUGUAGCAUCUGUCGCACCGAAACCAUCAAAGAAGAAAGAGCGAGUGACAUGGGUUCACGAUCAAGAUUCCGGUCGAAGUUCUCUGCGCAAGCAGACAAUCGCCCAUCGAGCCGAAACCAUUGCCCGAUUGAAGGAGAGCGAAGCCCAGAGCAAGAAGCUGAAAGCGCUGAAGGAACAACGGGAAAAGGAAAAAGCAAGGGAUGCUCCAAGAGAACUCACGCAGGCGGAUCGGUUGGCAGAAGCGGCCAGGGUUGAGCGACAAAAUUCUAAGAGCCUAAACCGUUGGGAGGCCACGGAGAAGAAGAGGCAAGAAGAGCUAGCAGCAAAACUCGCAGCUCUUAAGGACAGGAAACUGGAAGGUCCCGUGGUGACUUGGCUAAGUGCGAAGGCCAAAUGGAUUGGGCCUAGAUUGGACAAAAUCGGUACGAGAAAUGUCACAGACCUGGGCGAACGAGGAACAGAGCCGAAGAAGCGUGGGAGGAAGUCGAAAGCGUACCUCGAGCAGUUAGCCGCAGAGAAGAGUGCAAAUGCGGAGGGGGCCGGAGCAGUACAAACAACUACUGCGGAAACAGCGAAGGCACCAAUCCCUCUAUCGAGUCAGUCGAAUGGACCUACCCGAGAAACGGCUACGGCCACGGCCACGACCCCGAUCACGACGACGGUCGCAGCUCUUGUCUCGGAGGGGGCUAACCCGCCAAUUAUGCCGACAGCUCCUCAGGAAGCUCCGCAGGAACAUGAGGACACUUUCUUGAGACAGAUACACGAGUAUGCUGAAAUGCAGAUGGACAGCAACCCCACAGAGAGCGGACGAGUCAGUCCCAUUUCUCAAGAUGUAACCCAACAACAAGCUCCAGCAAUGCGUCCAGACACACAGCAGAGUGCUAUUGCUUCAGCGCAAAAUACUACAAGCCAUCUUCUCAAGGUUCCGAAACCGUCUAGCGAGGCGUCGGAAAUUGUCGCCAUCAAGCCUGAAGCACAAACACAGCCCACGCAUACACCUGAACCGAGCAUAUUACCAGAGCAGACGCAAGUGCACCCGCCCACUGAAGCAGCAGGGCGGACCCAACCGUCUAUAAACGCUGAACAGGGGGAGCAGAUGCAGCCCUCCGGAGCCAUAGACCAAACACAACAGACGCAGCCAGCCAAAGUCAUUGAGAAGUCCGAGCUGACAGAGAAUUCGGGAGCGGUCACACAACCAGAACACACAUCGGUGGCUGGAGCCAUCGCGCCACCGGCAGCACCGGAGCCUCCACUGGUUGAAGAAUAUUCGACGCGAAAUCUGGUCAUUUUGGAGAAGUUUGAGGAGCUAUCCAGCGAGGCCCGGCAGGAGUUCUCGCUGUUCUACAACAAUCGCAAGACAGCCAAACCCGUGAAGCACAUCCCCGAGCUAUGUUCAAUCACCAUGUUGCCUGUUCGAUACCGAGACCAAAAAACAGGGAUUGGAUUUGCCAACGCAGGCGCAUACAAGAAACUCCAAGAACUCAAGGAGCACAAGUUUGUAUGGAGCAGCAUGCUCGGCUGCUACGUAGGUCGAGAAGGCGGGCCGGUAGCCCGGGGAGUACCCGAAGGAUGGGGUUGA